GUGGGUCGGCCGCGGGUCACCGGCGCCGUUCCCCGGGCGUCGGCUGUCAAGGAGAUGGAUUUCCUCAUUCUCUUCCUCAUUUAUUUGGCCAUUUCCCUUUCCUGCAUGGUGGUCGCCAUCAAGUUUUCCAGACAAAGUCGGGAAUGCUUUACAAGGAUCUCCCACCAUGUGACUUGGAUGAUUGGGCCAAUGAUUCCUCGAUGGAUGCAGGUAGCAGUGCAGUAUGCUUUACAUAGGCUCAUCCAUCAGAGGAACUCCUUCUUCCUGGCCCUGCAUCUUCUGUUGGAAGUAGCUGUAUAUGGAGAGUAUUCCUGGGAGGUGUUCCCUUACUCCUUGGAAUUGGGAUUCACACUCAGUAUCUUGCUGAUGCCUUACAUCCUGCUGUUUGGAAAGAUGUACUUUUUCUACCUGUGCUGCACCAGUGACCCUGGUAUAAUUUCUCCUUCAAACCACAAGCAGCUGCUGAAAGUGUAUACGUAUGAUGGAACUUUGUACCAAUAUGCCCGUGUCUGCUCAACAUGCAAACUCGUGAAACCGGCACGGUCAAAGCACUGCCGAGUGUGCAACCGCUGUGUCCAUCGAUUUGACCACCAUUGUGUCUGGGUGAAUAACUGCAUUGGGGCAUUAAACAUACGUUACUUCCUGUUCUACCUGGUGACCCUCUUGGGAAUGGCAGCUGCAGUGGGAACAGUGACAAUAAGAUUUCUUGUCCAAGUGGCAUUGAUGUCUAAUCUACCUCAGGCCAUGUACGUGAACGCUGAGGGGGAACAUGAGCCUGUUGGUGUCCUGUUUAUAGUCCAGAAACUGUUCCUGACCUUUCCUCGGAUCCUCUUCAUGUUGGGCUUCACGCUGCUCUCCUUCUUCCUGCUGGCAGGAUACUCUGCUUUUCACUUAUUCUUAGUGAUGACAAAUCAAACAUCAAAUGAGUGGUACAAAUACAAGAACAGCUGCAGAUGUCGCGUGGACAACAGCCGCACAGACAGGCGAACAUGGGAAAAUGUCUAUCAUAGGGGGUUCAUCACAAACAUGAAAGAAAUCAUCUGCCCUGUGACAACUCAGAAAAGAUUCAGAUAAUGAGAGACAAAUGGAUAUUUUUUUUAAAAGAAGUUUUUUGCUAGUUUCCACAUCCUAUUUUUUCUACUUCAACUGAUUAAAAUUGAAAAUGGUCGACUA